AUGCGGCGGGGCACCGCGGCUCGGGUGCGGGUGUGGGUGGACGGACAGCUGUUCGAGGCGGAGCGCGGGCUGCUGGAGGAACACUGUGGCUUCUUCCGCGGCCUGUUCCGCUCGGGCAUGCGCGAGGCGCGCGCGGCGGAGGUGCAGUUGGGCGCGCUCACAGCGGAUGGCUUUGGCGCGGCGCUGCGGGUGCUGCGGGGCGAGCGCCCGGCGCUGGCGGGCGCCGAUGAGCUGCUGCAGGCGGUGGAGUGCGCGGCCUUCCUACAGGCGCCGGCGCUUGCGCGCUUCCUGGAGCACAGCCUGGAGGCGGACAACUGUGCGCUGCUGUGCGACGCAGCGCUCGCAUUCGGCCUGCGCGACCUGUUCCUCAGCGCGGCGCUCCUGAUCCGCGACGGCGGGCGCGGGCUGGCAGCGGGGCUGUCGCUGCCCGAGGCGCGCGCGCACGUAGAGGCGCUGCAGCCCAGCAGCCUGGUGGCAGUGAGCGCGCUCACGCCGGCGCCCGGCUUCCCCGAGCACGCGGCGCGCACGCUGUGCUACCUGGACGAGGACGCGGGCGCGUGGCGCGUGCUGGCGGCGCUGCCCCCCGAGGCCAGCACGCUGCUGGCGGGCGUGGCCACGCUGGGCAACAAGCUGUACGUCGUGGGCGGUGUGCGCGGCGCCAACAAGGAGGUGGUGGAGCCCGGCUUCUGCUACGACCCCGACCGUGGCGCGUGGCGUCAGCUCCCCGGCCCGCACCAGCCGCGCUACGACCCGGCCGCGCGGGCCGACACCUGGCUGCCCGUGGCCGAGCUGCGACGCCCGCAGAGCUACGGCCACCGCAUGGUGGCCCACCGCGACAGCCUCUACGUCGUGCGCAACGGGCCCUCCGACGACUUCCUGCACUGCGCCAUCGACUGCCUCAACCUGGCCACGGGUCAGUGGACGGCGCUACCGGGCCAGUUCGUCAAUAGCAAAGGAGCGCUUUUCACGGCCGUGGUGCGCGGCGACACUGUCUACACGGUCAACCGCGUGUUCACGCUGCUCUAUGCCAUCGAGGGCGGCACUUGGCGCCUGCUUGGCGAGAAGGCCGGCUUCCCCAGGCCCGGCUCCCUGCAGACGUGUUUCCUGAGGCUGCCCUCCGGCACUGCGGGACCCGUGGCGUCGUCAACGCCAGAACUGUGA